ACUUCCAGUCCAAAGACCAAGUCACUUCAACUCUGCUACGAUUCUUGUUACUAACCGCAUUGAUUAUUUGCACUUUCGCGUGAUGCACGCUAACAGCGUAAGAAGCCUCGACGAUCACUACAGCCGGACAAUGACGUUCGUCGACAUCGUGUCCUUCGAUCAUCACUAGCGAACCGCUCUUGACCUGACGCGAAGCCCGGGAGCAGGGGGCUUGUUGGCACGGUUCCAACACUGUGGGAUAUGGCAAAUACCGGCACAAUGCUACUCCUCAGCUUCUUUUUCUUGCCCGUCGUGUCCGGUGCCACGCCAGCAAUGUUCCGUCCAGCGGUAUACUCCGAAGCGAUCCGCCGCGUGGCCGGCCAAGAUGCCUUCCUGUACUCGAACGCCUCGAACGCUGUGGUCGACCUGGGCUAUGCAGUCUAUCAAGGAUCUCACAAUUCAAGUGUAAACAUCACAGCGUUCAAAGGCAUUCGCUAUGCCGAACCUCCAACAGGACGUUUGAGAUGGCAGGCUCCUCAGCCGCCGAGGGUCAAUCGGACGGAAACCCUCCCAGCACUCGAAUAUGCACAACAGUGCCCUCAGAGCAACAGAAGAAUGGCAGAGUUUCAAGUCACUAAUCAAACGGGAGCCUCAGAAGACUGUCUAUUCUUAAACGUGUGGGCACCGACCAGCGCCACAGCUGGUGCUCUGCCCGUCUUCCUCUGGAUACAUGGUGGCGGGUAUGGCGAGGCAGACAGCGAGCCAGCUGAUAUGUCGUAUCUGAUCAACACGAACGAAAACGCCUUCAUCGCCGUUUCGAUUGCAUAUCGACUCGGCGCCUUUGGCUUCCUUUCAUCUGAUGAGGUUCACCGAAAAGGAGUCGUCAAUGCUGGCCUACUGGACCAGCAACUAGCCCUUGUGUGGCUAAAGCAAUACAUACACCUCUUCGGAGGAGAUCCGGACAGAAUUACAAUAGGAGGUCUUAGUGCGGGCGGUGGCUCGGCCAUGCUCCACGGCAUGGCAUAUGGAGGCUCUCUCGGAGACCAGCUGUUUGGCAACUUAUUCGCGGCGUCACCGUACCUGCCGGCGCAAUAUCGCUACAACGACUGGGUCCCCACACAGGCAUACUUCGCAUUCGCCGCUCAGCUCGGUUGUGAUAGCAGACAGCCUGUGGGAACGGCCGCUCCGAUCUUCGAAUGUCUGAUUGGCCAGUCUAUGCAGGCGGUCAUCAAUGCAAGCGCAACAAUUUCUCAGUCUGGCGUGCCCGGAGAGUGGGCUUUUGCACCCGUCACUGACGGCGCUUUCGUACAAGAUACACCGACUCGACAUCUAGGACGUAAACAGAUGAAUGGCAGGAAUCUGCUAGUAGGUAAUAACGCAGAAGAGGGCCAUGACUAUACGCCGCAGAACAUUGAGACCGAGUCCGACCUCCUCGACUAUCUUCACCUUUCGUUUCCAAUGUUCUCGGAGAACGACAUUGCCAAAGUCCUGCACUAUUACCCUAGCAGCAAUGCAUCCGUCGACCCGCAUGCACAACUCUUUGCUACGAACGGUGAUAGCGGGCCAACUGCCAUCAAUCAAAGCGCACUGGCAACUGGCCAACAGCAGCGUGCAAACAAUAUCCACGCGGAAGCGGUUUUCAUUUGCCCAACCUACUGGAUGGCCGAGGCUUACUCGCCAAACGGAGGCGAGACAUUUAAAUAUCAAUUCUCUGUCCCACCCGCUGUACACGCUGCGGAUGCCAGCGCUUAUUUCAGCCCGCUGGAUGCGCCACCAUACCGCCCCAGCCUUCGCCUGGCCUUCCAGAAGAUCUUGGGAAACUUCAUUGUCAAUUCGAACCCGUCGAUCUCGGGAGCAGACUACACGAAUCGCAACCCAAAUGCGGGACCGGUUCAUCCGGCCGGCUCGUGGCCGCCUUACAGCAUCGCGGAGCCCUACCAGCUUGAUAUCAACACCACAUGUGGAAUGGGCAAGACUCAGAAUCCAUUCUUCCCGGAGCUGGAGGUCUGCUCCGGCUCAGGCACUUAUAACGACUUCCGCUUAGUGAACGCCUAUACAUGGGAAGGAGGAAGAGGCACGCGGUGCGACUUUUGGCGAGCCAUGGGAGAUAUUGUUCCUUGCUAA